CAAGGCGCUUCAAGAAAUCAACUACCACAAAUAAUUCAGGUUGGAAUUUUACUCCUUUUAUUUCUGGGUCUUAUUCUAAUCAUAAUUUUAGUUCAAUUUUCAUUUUGGUUUUAAUUGUUGAAAAUUAGGCGGCGGAAUGUUACGGGAUUUGAUUCGAUGAGUUAGAGAGGGUGUUGACUGGUGAGCCGAUUUGUGAGAAUAAUUGCAACGCGUGGAAGCAGGUGGUUGGUGGGUAGGCGGCAACCGCGAAGGAGGGGAAGCGAGCAGAGAUGCCGGAGGAGGAGUUGGUGGAUAUAAAGUUCAGGCUUUAUGACGGAUCGGAUAUCGGGCCGUUUCGGUACACUGCCACAUCCACGGUGGAUAUGCUUAAGCAAAGAAUUGUCUCUGAUUGGCCCAAAGGUAAGGCAAUUGUUCCAAAGGCAGUGAAUGAAGUCAAACUGAUAAGCUCUGGUAAAAUUUUGGAGAACGACAAGACUGUUGGUCAAUGUAAAGUACCCUUUGGUGAUGCUGCUGGUGGGGUUACCAUUAUGCAUGUUGUAGUUCAGCCUUCACUUGCAAAAACUAAAGCAGAAAAAAAGGUUGAUGAUUCACCCAGAAAGAUUGUAUGCUCCUGUUCCAUUUUAUGAAACCAAACACGUGUAGAGUUGGAAAUUCUGGUAAGAAUGUUUAAGAACGUAAAACAUUGUCUUUGAGAUCUGGUGUGUGUGUGCGUUGCAAAGCCUAUGUGUUCAAGCUCUUGAAGGAGUGAUGAAGAUGUGCGUUUUUAUUUACUUGAGUUCCAUUUAUGAUUGUUUCUAAAUAAUAGCAUGAAUCAUUUGUAAAGUUGUAUAGACUACUCCAUGUAAAACACAAUAUGCACACCGAAUUGUAAGGAGAAAAGCUUUUGUAUAAAUGCUCUCAGUUACUAAUAUUAU